CCCACUUCCCACGUACCCUCGUGUCUCGUCUCCUACUUGUCACUCCCUCCGACAAUUCACUCUGACAAUUCUCAUAUACACCAUCCAAAAGCUCGUCUCUCAUAAACCAAAAUGUCUUACGCGCUUCCAAAGUCCCACCAGGACCUCAUGGAGAAGUCUUUGGUCGAGACUGAUCCCGAUGUUGCUGAGAUCAUGAAAAAAGAGAUCCAGCGUCAGCGCGAAUCUAUCCUCCUCAUUGCCUCCGAAAAUGUCACUUCCCGCGCCGUCUUCGAUGCACUCGGCUCGCCAAUGUCCAACAAGUACUCUGAGGGAUACCCAGGCGCCAGAUACUACGGAGGGAAUGAGCACAUCGACGCUGUCGAGCUGCUGUGCCAGAAGAGAGCUCUCGAGACUUUUGGUCUUGACCCAGAGAAAUGGGGUGUCAAUGUUCAGUGCUUGAGUGGCAGCCCAGCCAACCUACAGACAUACCAGGCCAUAAUGAGGCCUCAUGAUAGGCUCAUGGGUCUGGAUCUGCCCCAUGGUGGUCAUUUGAGCCACGGAUACCAAACACCGCAGAGAAAGAUAUCUGCUGUAUCCACCUACUUCGAGACAUUCCCAUACCGUGUUGACCUCAAGACCGGCCUCAUCGAUUACGACCAGCUCGAGCAGAAUGCACUGAUGUACAGACCAAAGGUGCUAGUCGCAGGUACAUCUGCCUACUGCCGUGAGAUCGACUACGCCCGCAUGCGUGAAAUCGCCGACAAAGUUGGAUGCUAUCUCAUGAUGGAUAUGGCUCACAUCUCUGGACUUGUCGCCGCCGGUGUCAACAAGUCUCCUUUCCCUCACUGCGAUAUCGUUACUACGACAACCCACAAGUCUCUUCGUGGCCCUCGUGGUGCUAUGAUCUUCUUCCGCAAGGGUGUGAGAAAGACUGACGCUAAGACUGGCAAGGAGACACUCUAUGAUCUUGAGGGACCAAUCAACUUCUCUGUGUUCCCAGGUCACCAGGGUGGUCCUCACAACCACACCAUCACUGCGCUUGCCGUUGCCUUGAAGCAAGCACAGACACCAGACUUCUUGGCCUACCAGCAACAGGUUAUCAAGAACGCCAAGGCCCUUGAAGAGGAGUUCACCAAGCUUGGCUACACUCUUGUCACCGGUGGUACUGACAAUCACAUGGUGCUCCUUGAUCUCAAGCCUCAAGCCCUCGAUGGCGCUCGUGUCGAAGCCGUCUUGGAACAAGUCAACAUCGCCUGUAACAAGAACACCACACCCGGUGAUAAGUCUGCGUUGUCUCCCAUGGGUAUCCGUAUUGGAGCUCCAGCCAUGACCAGUCGUGGUCUUGGUGAAGCAGAUUUCAAGAAGAUCGCCAAUUACAUCGACACGUGUGUCAAGCUAUGCAAGGAGAUCCAAGCCGAGUUGCCUAAAGAAGCCAACAAGCUCAAGGACUUCAAGGCUAAGGUUGCUGCCGGUGACGUGGAAAAGAUCAACGCCCUCAAGAAGGAGAUUGCCGCGUGGGCAGUCACUUUCCCUCUCCCAGUGUAGGUUCACAAACCUUAGCAUCUUUCGCGCAU